AUCGAGUCGUCACAGAAAAGUGUGCUGGUGCAUAAAGUUCACGUUUAAUAAAAAAAAACUGCAGAUUUUUCUGACAAACCAAUAUUGAAAAUUAGCUAGCCAAAUAGAUCAAAAGGUCAUACAGUGAAAAUUAGGUCGUGAGCAGCAGCAUAUAAGCUGAAAUUAAUAAUUUGAUUCAUGGUAUUAUGAGUAGUGCUAGUGAAACUAUAGUAAGUACUGUGUUACCUAGUAUUCGUAUGAACACGCCAGAUAACUCCGGUCCGUCAAAGAACGGUUUUUCCGAUAACAACGGUUUUGGAAUGGCCUACCAAUAUGCGCAGUAUUGCAAUGCGUACUAUCAGCAGUUACAGUUCAACACUGGUGGAGGAGUCCCCACUAAUGUUCCGCCACCUCCACUCCCGGCCGUUGGACCAACAAACUUAUCCGUUGAUGAUAACCUCGGAACUUCAUCAUCUACGUCGCCAUCUUCAGGUAGUUUAUUGAACAAGACAACAUUUUUUAGCUCUCCCCAGCAGCAAACGGACGGAAGUAUGCCAGCUUUUAAACAAGCUCCCAGUCAGUUUGGUCCAAUUCGAUUUAACAUCAGUAAACAGCCGCAACGGGUUAGCCCUUUGGUUCAAUCGAAUCCGUUAAAUAUUGGACCUCAACAACAACAACAAUCUCAACAGCAGCCACAGCAACAGCAGUUUAAUCAAAAUGGCAAGCGCAAGAAGAAAAAGAACAAAAACAUGAACGGAAAUAUAACAAAUCAACAGGCUACGAACAAACCAAUAUUUAACUCAGUAAAUAUACCACCUUUGAUGCCACCAUCAGGAGAUGGAAACAGUCAUUACCCGUUAACUAUGCAAGUUCCAGAUCUUAGUCGCCCUCCGCCUCCAAUCCCGAAUCGCUCAUCUAUUGGGGGUACAAUCAGCACUGCAGUACCUCCGCCGCCUGUGGCAAAAAAACCGGACCCGUUUAAUAAUCCCACAGAUGCUUGGCCAGAAAGUUUGAAUAAUUUUGUUGCGCGGUGUUACGCCAAAUGCAAAACAGAUUUUGAUAAAGACCAGAUCGAUAUUUGUUUGAAAGGUCGUAUCACAGCAGCCGCGAACAAAGGUGAAUUGUGGACAAAAGAUUGGGAUAAUGAACCAGUACCGAGUGUACAUAGCGAAAGGGAAACGAUUGUUCCUAAUAGCAAACCAUCAAAUUCUGGAAUUGUAGGGAGUAUCAGUCAGUAUCAAAAUUCCCGAAGGAGUAACAGUCCCAAUAGCGGGAGCAACAACUACAAUCAAAGACAUUCUCAGAACUACACGAGGAAAAGUGUAGCGAAUGUUGCAAAUCAACAUUCGCUUGGUUCUCGUUUGGGCACAAAAUCUGGAUCGAAAAAAUCGCGCAAUUCUCGCUCAGGGUCGCGGUCUCCAAGCAGAUAUCGCAGUCGGCAUAGUCGUUCUUCUAGCACCGAAUCUCGGUCACCUCGUAGAAAACGUCAUUCUUCGGAUAGUAGCGAGGACAGUCGCACGUUCUCUAAAAACUACAAAUCCAAGAAUCAAAAGUCGAACCUGAAGUCAAAAUCUGGUCUUUCAAAAAAUCAGAAACGUUCUGGUUUCUAUUCGGAACAUGGUCAGAUCGGCGGUGAUAUUGAUGGAGACCAGGAAGCACUCAAGAAACGAGCAGCUCGGUUUAAUAACUCUAACGCCAAAAAAGUCUCGCCUCCCACUCUAGCAUCUCCGUUGAAAAAACGAUUACAGAUGCCAUCGCAGUCCCGCUUGUUCGUCGAAGACACGACAGGUGACAACGACACUGGUUUAGAUUUAUUUGAUCUACACAUCGUGGGUACCUGUCGCGAUCUGGAGAAAAACUUCCUGCGGCUUACGAAAGCGCCGGCUGCGUCCGAGGUACGGCCAGUCGAGGUGCUUCGAUACUCGCUGCAGAACGUUAAGAACAAGUGGAUUGAAAAACAGGACUACUACUAUGCAUGCGAUCAACUUAAGUCUAUCCGACAGGAUUUGACGGUUCAAGGCAUUCGAGAUGAGUUCACGGUUCAGGUAUAUGAAACGCAUGCCCGCAUAGCAAUGGAAAAGGGUGACCACGAAGAAUUUAAUCAGUGCCAGACUCAGCUGAAAAUGCUAUAUUCAGAGGUGGGAGGCGAGAACAUAUUGGAGUUUACUGCAUACCGAGUCCUCUACUAUGUUUUCACCAAAAACACGCUUGAUCUGACCACUAUUCUAAAAGCGCUUACUCCCGCCGAACGUGAAAAUGAAGUGAUACAAUUUGUUCUUAAACUACGUUCGUCGUGGGCUCUUGGUAAUUACAGUAAAUUCUUCCGACUGUAUCGCAAGGCCCCGCUGAUGGCUGGUUAUCUGAUCGACUGGUUCGUUGAGCGAGAGCGCAAAAACGCACUGAAAAACAUUUUAAAAGCGUACGUAUUUCUCCGAGUUAGGUAUUUGGCAACACAAUGUGUGGUCGUUGCUCAUUGCGUGGCACGAACGGCUACAUUACAUUUCUUAGGUCUUAGGUUUUCAAUUAGGUUCACCGAAAUAUUUCGUUCGUGCCGCAGUUAUUUGUUAUUCAGUUUUGAUGCAUUCCGGUUUUUUACAAGAGGAAUGCUUUCUACUUUAUUCCAAAUAAUUCUCCUUCUAGGUGGACGGAAAUAUGAUGGCGAUAUCUCCUUUUAUCUAACCCUUAUAAAACAUAAUUAUUUAUUUUGGUCAACAAUAAUUUAUAUACUAUUUAUCAUACAUUUAGUUACCGUCCCAGUUGCCCGGUGGAUUAUAUCAGUGAAACGUUGGCGUUUGAAAGCGAGGAGAGGUGUUUCGAUUGGCUCUCGACGUUCAAUUUCACCUUCAUUUCAAAGCAAGAAACCCCUGGUACUACUGCUGGUGAUGCUGAUUCGUGUGGCGUGACUACGACUAGUGUGAAGAAACUAAUUGACUGCAAGAUCAGCGCGAACGUGAAUUUUUAAGUUCCAAUUGCUAUUCCGCUCUGCUUCCAUCGUUUCGUGUUUUCUACGCGAUUAGGGUACAUGUCAUCCGCCAAUCGCUUUUGUCGACCGACCUUCGCACAGCUGAUCGCUCAUCGUUGGCGUCUUUAUAGCGAUCUAUUCUGUUGGAUAAGAUUUGAACUAAACGGUUUCUCCGAGGUCACAUUGAGGAAGCAUAUGAUUCGCUGGUUAGAGCUCAUCUUACCUUGAUCAGUAGUACAGCAGGAAAGGUGGAACAGUGAUGUAUUGAAGAUAAAGAAAUUGUGUGUUAUGUUGUACGUGACGUGAAAACUUAUAAUGAACAUUACCGGUGUAUAGUGCCAAGGUCGCUAGUCUCUGUGGUGAUUGUCGCCGAAGCAAGCUUCUGGACGAAAGGCACCACAUGCUCGAGGAUCUCAAAUGGAUCAGCAGCUGCUCGGAAUUUCAGCCAGGCCGGUCUGUAUUGACCAUUAUGUGAUAAUAAUUAUGGGUAUGAAUGUUUUGAUGGUAUACCACAGCUUGUAAAUAAUGUUAUCUGCUGUUAAUGGCGCAUAUCGAUCAGGAAAUCGUAUCCAAAUUCAAGCUAUCUCCAAACAUUCUCGUCGAACGCAUUUCUACCCAACGUGCUCAGACUAUAAAGCGGUCGAAUUAUUAAAAUCUGGACUAAAAUCAAACAUGAUCAUACUGGUAGAUGGUUGGUUCAUACGCCGUGUCAUUUAGCAGAAAGUCAUCCAAUCAAUACCUCCUAUACUUCUAUAUAGCCGACAAUUGAUUCGUAAUAAUUUGAUUUGAUAUGGUCAAAUUGUCAGCAUCAGAAUUGCUUGCCAAGCUGUUAGCAGUCGAGAAUAAAUGAUGCGGGAAUGCACGAUCUCGCAAUGGAAGUUCAGAUGUCCACAUACAAAUACACACAAGGAGCAUUUUAUUGUCGCUAGUGACAGUUCAAAUAAAAUAAAUCAACAACGGAGGGGUGGCAGACACUGCGAUGACGUGUAGGAAUAACCGGACAACAACAAGGAAGGACCUCCACAGGACUAGCGAUCUCUUCAUCCAACGGUUGUCACGAAAAACAACGCGCGAGUGUAUUCAUGACCAAUAAUGAAGCGGAACUCUAAAAUUGUCUCUCUCGGAAGACAAUGGUUUCCCGUGAGGAUAAUCUGUAAAUAUAAUUUAAUAGUGAAGAAAGGAUAGGCGGACCAAGUGUAAAUAUCCUAGCAAUAUGAACAAUGUUUGAACGUUUUAUAGUAUCGCAUUUAGUUUCGGAACAAAUGGAUCACUUUUCCGAGCAGUGGUGCGUUGUGGUAUUCUUUAUGGGAAUUUAUAGGUAAUUCAAAGUCACAAGCAAAUGGAAAACAUUCGGACGCGGAGAGCUAACGCUUUCCCACCAUCGAUGGUUUUCAGAGAAAAAAUCAGCAUUUUCAACCCUCCAAAAAUCCUUCCGUGAGCAGAAAGAUCCUAAUCCCGAAAUUCCGUCUAAGUUACUCAAAAGAUCCUGUCUUGCUGCAGACUGCAGAUAUCCUAUCCUACGUCACAUCCUAUCCAUUUGUCAGUUCUAAGCUGACAUCAACAUGUCGACAACCCGAGCAAAUGUUGAAGGCACAAGCGCAUAGGCUGUGAAAGUGAACGAAGCAAAAAAUAUUUCCUGGUCUUUCUUUGUUUUGGUUUUUAUUGUCAUUUUUCAUUAACUAGUUUUAUUCAAACUAAUUUUAUGAUAUUAAAUGUUAAAAUAAAUUUUAUUAUAAUUUGAUCCACUUUUACCAAUAAGCAAAUGGCUUCAAAUCAAUUAUCAUCCUUGCUUCGUAGAUUAUCGACCAUAGGGCGGACAAAUAAAUGAGAU